CUGGAUGUAGGGGUGGAUGAGAGCUACUCUCUCUCGCUCGGAGGAACAAGAGAGCCAGGUGCCGCUCUGAUAAAGGCCAACACAUCGUUUGGUGCCCUCAGAGCGUUAGAGACGCUCAGCCAGCUGUGUCGCUACCACCACCCAUCUCGGCUCGUGACUAUCUAUGGUGUGCCUCUCACAGUGGAAGAUUCUCCCCGUUUCAACCACCGCGGGCUGCUCAUCGACACGGCACGGCAUUUCCUCCCGGUGGUGGAGAUAGAGAGAGUGCUUGACGCCAUGUCUUAUGCCAAGCUCAACGUGCUCCACUGGCAUCUGGUGGAUGCUCAGUCCUUCCCCAUUGAAACGCCCUCCUUCCCUCGCCUCUGGGAGGGAGCUUUCUCCCAGGUAGAGCGAUACACGCUCAAGGACGCCAAACACAUUGUCAGGUAUGCAGCAGCACGUGGCAUCGUGGUCAUCCCUGAAAUCGACACUCCCGCCCAUGCGACCUCAUGGGGAGUGGGCUACCCUGUGCUCUACCCUAGCCCCACCUGCAAGGAGCCUCUUGAUGUCUCAAACGACUUCACAUUUGAGCUGAUUAAGGGCGUGCUCACUGACCUGCGCUCAGUUUUCACAAGCAGCAGAAUACACAUAGGCGGGGACGAGGUGAAGGAAGACUGCUGGAUACAGUCUGAACGGAUUUCCCAGUGGAUGAAUCAGCAGGGAAUGCAGCCAAGGGAUGCCGUCCGCUACUUCUCCAACCGAGUUCGAUCCAUUGCCUUGGAGCUUGGAUGGGAGAAGACCAUCGUAUGGGAGGAAUCAUACCAGGGUUUCUCAGAGGACCUUAACAAGACGACCACCAUUCUUCAAAACUGGUUGAAUGUUGACAUUCUUGGAAGCAUGGCUCGUGACAACUUUCGCAUUAUUUACAGCAAUGUGUAUGGCGGAUGGUACCUCGAUUCUAUGGAUGUGGAUUGGAAUAGAGUGUAUAGUACAGACCCAACACAACACCUUGUAGUGGAUGGCUCUAUACCGGAGCAUCUACUGGAAGGGGGCGAGGUGUGCAUGUGGGGCGAGAAGGUUGACUCGUCCGACUUCAUGCCGACCAUCUGGCCACGAGCUGCUGCUGCUGCUGGUGAGUGUGAUGCUGAAAUUGCUGAGUAA